UGUACCUGUAAACUUCUUGACGUGGCUAUCCACAACGCAGCUUCCCACCCGUGGAACUUCCUGUAAAAAAGUUGUAUAAAAUCACAGUAUUGUAUCUAGUUUUUAUUAUUUGCGUGGUUUAGUACUUUUCAAACCAAAUAGGAACGAUGGGAUUGACAAUUUCCUCAGUUUUCCAGAAAUUUUUCGGAAAGAAGCCCGUGAGAAUUCUAAUGGUUGGACUUGAUGCUGCUGGAAAAACAACCAUACUCUACAAAUUAAAGCUUGGAGAAGUUGUUACAACCAUUCCAACAAUAGGAUUCAAUGUUGAAACAGUAGAGUACAAAAACAUCAGUUUUACAGUUUGGGAUGUCGGGGGUCAGGACAAAAUUCGACCUCUUUGGAGACAUUAUUUUCAAAAUACACAAGGGCUGAUUUUUGUUGUGGAUAGCAAUGACAGAGAAAGAAUACAAGAAGCUGCAGAUGAGCUUGAUAAAAUGAUGAAGGAAGAAGAACUUCAGAACUCAGUAUUGUUGGUUUUUGCAAACAAACAGGAUCUACCAAAUGCUUUGUCGGUGUCAGAGUUAACAGACAAGCUAGAACUACACAAAUUCAAAGCCAGGCCGUGGUAUGUCCAAGCAUCAUGUGCAGCACAGGGAACCGGAUUAUACGAAGGACUUGACUGGUUAUCAGAAGAACUCUCUAAAUUAUCGUGAAGAAAUAUAUAUAGCCCCAGGUAUUAGUAAGAGAUAGACUAGAAUAUUAAUCUGAUGGUUUCUUCUUUUGAAUACAAAAAAACCAUUUUCAAUCUUGUUACAGCUGGGAUAACAAGGUUCCCAUUUGUACUUAUAAUAGUAAAUUAAAAACCAUUUCAAAGUAACUAAGACACAAUGGUAGUACAUGUUAAGAAAAUACAUCAAAACAUCAGGGGUGUUGUUGUCAGUGCUUCUUUAGAUUGGUUCUCAUUGAUAGGAAGAUAUUGAGCUCAUUGCAUUUCUGACAAUUUUAUUUAUUCUGUUUUGUGUCAUGAAAGAAUAAAAGAGGCUCAAUUCUGUGGAGCUUGUAUUUGGCAAUUGCAUGUCAACUUUAAAUUCCCAAUCAUCCAGUUUGCUGUUUUGCCAUUUUUUGAUACCCCUUCAGUAAAACAAUUUCUAAUUGCUCUGUCAACCUCUCUCACUUGUCACUUUCAGCCAUUAUUGUCAUUUUUGUUUAUAUAUUUUAAACAUGUCAGGGGAAUACACACGUCUGAAUACACAUGUAUAGGUGAAUAGUUGAGCUUGCCUUGAGUAGAUGAACCUUGCAAAGAAAUAAUGUGUUAACUACUAAAUUUUGUUUGAGUCACAUUUUGAUAAAGGUUAUGUAUUGUUAGUUGUCAUAAAGAACUUGUGGUAACCUUCAUUGAUUGUCAUAUUAUAGUUUCCAUAUGUUAUUCCUUCAAAUUUGAGCACAAGAAUUUCAGUUUUUUUCAUCA